CCUAAGUACAAAAUUGUUAUUUCGUCCAGGUCUUGAAGGUACCAACUCAUAAACAACAACAACGUACAAGAACAGCCUUUCCCCGUAAACUAAAACAUUCCUACCUAUGCCACGCAUUGUUACACCCCUUUCGCGACCGGUUGUGUAUAAAAUACGUUAUUACUGUUUAUGCAUGGUAAAUCAUCGGUGAGUAUUUGCUUUUUAGAACAGGGCAACAGAUCUUCUUGCAAAAUAAAAUUUAUGCCUGUGAACGUAUCAAAACGGUUUUUUAUAUUUAACAAAAGAGUACGUACACAAACGCGGGAUGAGCAGCACGUUGAGCAGAGAUCGACGUGUCGUACAACACGGUUGGGUGAUGUGCUGUACAACAGGAACAUUGCUCGUACAGUAUUUGAUGGGAUCGGUCAUGUAAUGUACGGGCGUAUCAGCUCAGUGCAGACGGGUACACCGCUGGAACAGACGAAAAGAUUCGUUUGGUUGCCGAUUUCGUUCUACAAUUUAAAACGUGGGUUGGGCAGCAGGACCGGUCAUUUCGUGUUAUUAGGGCCUUCGUUUUUGCCAGUCAAAUUGCUGACUACGGCGCAUGAACGCAUUUCUAUGGGCAAACGGUACGGUUCAUUAACGAUCUACGGAUUUACAGCCGGGUUGUUCGCGCUUAUCUGUGUGCUUCAUCGAUGA